ACGCCGAAGUGCAGUACGUCAUCAACUUGCGCGCUGCGUAUCACGUGACUCCAAGAUGGCGAAAACCUUAGAAGACAAAGCUAUUUGGGAAGAUGGAGAGGAAUCUCUUGGUGAAGAGGUUAUGCGAAUGUCCACAGAAGACAUUGUCAACAGAACUAGACUACUUGACAAUGAGAUCAAGAUAAUGAAGUCAGAGGUCAUGAGAAUCUCACAUGAGCUGCAGGCUAUGAAAGAGAAAAUAAAAGAAAACACAGAGAAGAUAAAGGUCAACAAGACAUUACCAUAUCUCGUUUCCAAUGUUAUAGAGCUCUUAGAUGUUGACCCACAAGAACAGGGAGAAGAAGAUGGAGCAAAUAUUGAUCUUGACUCACAGAGAAAGGGGAAGUGUGCUGUCAUCAAGACAUCUACAAGACAGACUUACUUUUUGCCAGUGAUAGGACUUGUUGAGGCAGAAAAGCUCAAACCAGGAGAUCUUGUGGGUGUGAAUAAGGAUUCCUACCUUAUCCUUGAGACACUGCCCCAAGAGUUUGAUUCUCGUGUGAAGGCAAUGGAAGUGGAUGAGAGGCCGACAGAGCAGUAUAGUGAUGUAGGAGGAUUAGAUAAACAAAUUCAAGAGUUGAUAGAAGCUGUUGUUCUGCCAAUGACUCACAAAGACCGCUUUACUGCUUUAGGAAUACAGCCACCUAAAGGAGUAUUGUUGUAUGGCCCCCCUGGUACAGGCAAAACCUUGCUAGCCAGAGCUUGUGCUGCACAGACUAAGUCCACUUUCCUAAAGUUGGCUGGACCACAGCUUGUCCAGAUGUUCAUUGGUGAUGGAGCCAAACUUGUAAGAGAUGCAUUUGCUCUGGCCAAAGAGAAAACUCCUGCUAUUAUUUUUAUUGAUGAGUUAGAUGCCAUUGGUACCAAGAGAUUUGACAGCGAGAAGGCUGGAGACAGAGAGGUACAAAGAACUAUGCUGGAACUGCUAAACCAGUUGGAUGGUUUUCAUCCAACAAGUGAAAUAAAGGUUAUUGCUGCCACCAAUAGAGUUGACAUUUUGGAUCCUGCCUUGUUGAGGUCAGGACGACUUGACAGAAAAAUUGAAUUCCCACUACCAACAGAGGAUGCAAGGGCAAGAAUCAUGCAAAUACAUUCCAGGAAAAUGAAUGUCAGUUCGGAUGUAAACUUUGAAGAACUUGCUAGGUGUACAGAUGAUUUCAAUGGUGCCCAGUGUAAAGCAGUGUGUGUAGAAGCUGGUAUGCUUGCACUAAGAAGGGAGGCCACAGAGCUUAGUCAUGAAGACUACAUGGAUGCUAUUUUGGAAGUUCAGGCAAAGAAGAAAGCUAAUUUGCAAUAUUAUGCUUAAUUUAUGCUGAUACAGAUGUAAUGAGACAAUAAGUGAGCUGUUAAGAUUAACAUUGUAGUAGAUACGUGAAAUAUGGUGUUGGUGGUAUGUUCAAAGCCAUCUGUACCUUGGCUUUCCAGUUACUUAAGGAUGUUGCCAGCAGUUGUAGUGUUAUGAACAUUGAUGUUAAAAUGAGUAUCCACUGCAGUUAAAAACAAGAAGAGACAAUUUUGCAUUUACCAUAUUGUGAAAGUUCCCUUCAAAUGUGUAAACAAUGUUGAAAUAAAGAGAGUUAGCAUAUGCACUGCAAAGGGCAGAUUGCGAAAAAGG